GCCCCACUUUGCUUCAUGGUGACUUGUAUAUAGCUGCUUUUCUGCAUUCUUUAUCAAUAAUGCGCUUGCUGACAGCCCUUUGCUCGUACGGACUGCUUGUUGCCACAGCCAGGGCAGCGGGCCUUGGCCAGUGCCUGAACGACAUCUUUUUCGGCAUGGAUGGCGACCACAAGCGGCGUCUUGGCCCCACAGCGGAGCUUUUACCACGUGCGGAAGACGAUGACGACGCACUGGAAAUUGUCAUUUCUGCGGGCAGCGGCAUGAUUAAUUUGUCGAGUCUGCUUGCUGGUGGCACUGUGCCAAUGCUGUUACAUCGGGAAAGCCAUCGCAGACAACCACUUCGUCGACGUCAAGACAAUCAUCAAAGACAUCUUCAUCGGAAGCACCCGAAUCGAACUGGCGCCGCACAGCAGCCAAAUGCCAGCGAAAUUGGAAUAAACUGGUCUGCUUCUGCCUCGACGCAGCCUAACACCCGGUACACAUGCACCAGCCAGUUCAUUGACUUUUCCAAGGACGACUCGCUGAAGUACUUUGACCAGGAAUGGUGCCCACAGAAUGCCUACCAGACAGGCGACACGGUUACAUGGCGCUUAACCGAGGAGUGUGGAACAACGAUGGUGUACCCAUGGGACUUCCAUUACGGUAGAAUAGAGGGGCAGAUCCGGAUUGGCGCUGGUAGCGGUGUCGUCACAACUAUGCUUUUGAUGGGUCCAGCGCCUGCAGAUGAAAUCGAUUUCGAGUGGGUGGGCAAGGAUGUCAACAGUGUGCAGACUACAUUUUAUGUGCAGUCACAGCGUCAUCGAAGUGAUUUGAGCAAAUCGUUCCAUAACUAUACCAUUGAGUUGACUGAGAAUAGCGUCAAGUGGUAUGUUGACGGCAAACUCGCUGACAGUUGGGAUAAAACCAACCGGCCAUUUCCAACCGAGGCCAGCCGCAUGCGCAUGGGCAUUUGGGAUGGCACACAGACGAGUGGAUGGGCUGGCCCGAUUGAUUGGAGUAAUGGGCCGUUCACAGCCGAAAUCAGGUCGUUUAAUUUUAUUCCUUAUUGCUAA